UCAUCAGCGUAACACCACCUUCAAAGUCAGAGUGUUAAUGAAAAAACACCGAAAUGGACGAAAUUCCUACCAUUUCCAAUGAAAUUAACGUAUUCAAAGAUGCCAUCAUGGACGAUAACGUUUUGAUUCAAGUGGAUGCCAUCAAAAGACUUCCAGCUCUGGCUGCCACCAUCGACGUCGAGCGUACCCGCGAAGAACUAAUACCGUGUUUGGCAAAUUGCGUCGAUGCAUUAACGGAUGAGCCGAGUUUCAAUCUAGCAGAACAAUUGGAACGCUUAGUUCCGUUUGUAGGGGGGAAGGAUCAUGUGGGGAUCCUUUUGAAUAUAUUAGUUAAAUUAGCUUGCGAAGAUGAGUUAAUAGUGAGGGAAAGAGCAGUGGAAUCGAUGAAAAACAUCUGUAAAAGUCUGGAUAAAGAGCAAUGCGAAAAGUCGUUUUUUCCGUUAAUUGAGGGCAUGAUUAGUAGUGAUUGGUUCACGACAAAAUGUUCGGCGGGGUGUUUAAUAGCUAUGAGCUAUGAGAAAAUGUCGCAGGAAAAACAAACAGAAUUGAGGAACUUUUUCCGCAAUUUAAUCCAAGAUGAAUCACCGAUGGUAAGACGUUCUAGUGGCACCAGUCUUAUCGACUUAAUUUCAGUACUUGAUGUGGAAGUGAUCAAAUCUGAAUUCGUACCAGUUUUUGAUAAUUUGGCACAAGACGAACAAGAUUCUGUUAGAACCUUAGCUGUGGAUGUUGGAGUAGCCAUUUCCAAAAAACUUAAAGAUUUUGAAGUUUACGAGUACUUAAUGGCAACGUUUAAACAAUUAUCCGAAGACGAAUCGUGGAGAGUCCGUCAAAGAAUAGCUUUCACGAUCCAUGAAAUCAGUAAUUCAGAAAAAAACCGUGAGGAAAUCACUAAAAUUUACUCAAAAUGUGUCAGCGAUGAAGAAUCAGAAGUUCGAGUUUAUGCUGGGAAAAACAUGUACAAUUUCACCCUCAACCUCUUGGAAACUUUCAAAAAAGAGGAAAACUGGGAGGACAAUUUUGAAAAAUAUUUUGAGGAGAAUAUCACACGUGAAAUCCAUUUAAUGUUAAGAGAUCCAAACGACGACGUCCGAUUGGCUCUUUCCACUAACAUUCUUUCUUUGAGUGCUAUCCUACGCGACGAUUGCUUCAACACCAAUAUUUUGCCCUUAGUGAUCGACGCUUUAGAAAACGAAGAAUUCAUGCCAUUUAAAGAAAACAUGCUCAAAAAUUUAAAUUCACUUCCGACAAACGUUGAUAUAACCAAAUCCCUCAAAUCCAUAAGAAGCGUCAUUCAGAAUUUAAUCGAAAACUCACAAAUGCAUUGGAGGACCCGAAGAAACCUCCUCGUGGCAUUUAUGCACAUUUCCAAAACCGCAACAAGCGAAUUUUUUGACAAAAAUUUGAAAUUCUUCUACCAAUACCUUCUAAAUGAUCCAAUUUAUUCAAUUAGACGAACCGCACCGUUGAUUCUUCCCUUGUUAGUAAAACAAUUUGGAAUGAAUUGGGCUAAAGAGUCACUUUUUCCGAUUUUUGAACCGUUUUCAUCAGACCCUCGAUAUUUGUUUCGAUUCAAUGCGCUUUUCGCCAUAGAAGAAUUGUUGGAACCAACUCUAGAUUGUGUAAAAGAAACCAGUGUCAAAGACGGGAAAUAUUUGACCGAUUUUAAAGAAAUAAUCCAACAGUCGGACAAAUCAAUUAAGACUUUGGCAAAAAUAGUCAAGCUAAAUGAAAAACUGUGUGGAAAACUCAAUUCGUUAGACUUUACCGAAAAUUUCAACUCUCAAGACAAUUUGAAUUUUUAUGCCGAGGAUACUUUAGAAAAUUUAAAAAAGGAGCAAAAGUUUGAAAUUUAUUUGAUCGAACUUGAAGAAGUCGACAAUUGUUAUUUGGAAGGUAUUCUUCAAAUGCUUGAUCAAAGUUUUAUCAACGUUAUCAAGGAAUUACUUGAGGAUUCUACGCAGAAUGUCCAAGAUCGUGCUAAACAAACUCUGACACUUGUCAAACGUUUUUGUACAAAAGUGAAACAAGAAGCGGACGAAAGUUGGGUACAAGAAGCUCUCAAACUACUAAACGAAGAAGAUUUCAAGAAAAUAGAAGACGAAAUAAAUUCCAAACCAAGUGAAGAAAAUGUCUCCGAAUGUGAGACGAUCGAUUGUGAAAUGAUUGAAACAAGUGAUGAACAAAAUAAAAAUGAAAACAUUGACGACAAUGAAGAUAAUAAUGCUGAAUGUAAUAAUGAUCAUAAAGAAAAUGAAAAUAAUGAUGGUUGUGACAAUGAUAAUUUUAACGCUGAACGUAAUAAUGAUGUACCUGAGGUGGAUAAUAAAUAAAAACAC